CUUAUGGAGGUUACUCGGGGAGGACUACAUUUCCCAUGAUGCUCUUCUCCGGCGCUGUAGCGGCAGCAGCGGCAGGCGCGUCGCGUCGCGUCGCUGAUAACAUCGCGCGCAAUGGCUGCGUCUCUGUCCCGUGCUCUGAAAUUACCGGGUAAGAAGGGCUCGGAUCUGGGUGAGUAUGAUCCGCUGACGCAGGCCGACAGCGAGGAUGAGACGGAGGACGAUGAUCUGGUUCUGAAUUAUCCUCGUAACGGUCUGAACCCGGCCGUGGCCGAUCUGAGGGGCGAGGAGGAGCUGGACGAGGAGGAGGAGCUGCGUGAGGGGGCUGGGCGGGAGGCGGGGCCGGGGCGGGGUCAGGGCGGAGCCGCGGAGGAGAAGGCGGCGCGGGUGCGAGGGGCGAUGCGCUCCGCUGCGUUCCUCCUGCCGCUGUCCUGCGCCGCUCUGCUGGUGCUGCUGUGUGCCUUCCUCAUCCCCUGCCCACAGGGGGCGCCGCUCCAGACGCAGUGGGAGAGAGAGCUCGGAGACACCGCCGGCGUCACCUCACCUCCCGUUGCAUUGUGGGACGUGGACGGGGACGGACUGGAGGACGUUUUGAUCGGUGUUACGAACAUCUCCAACGACAGUCAGCCAAUGAACACGCAGAACAAAGAGUACAGUGUGUGGUGUCUGGGGGGUGCUGGAGGUCAGCUGGUCUGGAGGAAGUCUCUCAGAGAGCCGCUGAUCUCUGUUCAGUGUGGACUACAGACAGGAAGUUCAGAUCCACUGCAUUCAUCCGCCUGCGUCCUGAUCAGUUCCGGUCACGUUAUCGCCGUCAACGCCUCCACAGGACGGACGCUGUGGACGACGGCUGUAGGAGACGUGGAGUCUCACGCCGUUCUGCUGCCGGAUCUACAGGGAGACGCCUUUCCAGACCUGCUGAUAGCCACACUACCUGAGGACAAGGUGUCUGAUCUGGCUCUGGUCCUGAUCUCUGGACGCUCUGGUGCUCUUAUUGGCCGGCCGGUGAACUUUAACCUCACGGCUCAGGGGAAGCUGAUUGGUCCGCUGCUCCACAAGACGGAGACGGGAGCCUAUUACAUGCUGUUUGGACUGGGCACGGUGGAGGCGGUCUCUCUCUCCUUCAUCUUCAGCAGAGCCACGGGUCAGAAGGCGCCGUCUCGAGUGAGUCUGAAGGAGCCGAGCUGGGAGCGUCUGAGGACGAGCAACACGUCUUCACUCAUUCACAUCAGCAGUGUCUCUGAGCGGGUGGAGUUCCUGCUCUCUCUGGUGGUGGGCUCCUGUCAGCGUCUCCGGAGUCUGGACGGAGUGUCUGCACUGAACUGCAGUCGAAGUGACUGGAUUAUACUGAGUGACUCCAGCAGACGUCUAUCUGUGAUGAGAGCCAGAGACACCCGGCCUGUCUGGAGCCUCAGCCUCACCUCCAUACACACUCAUCCGGCGGCGGGUCACUUUAACGAUGAUGGUGUCCCUGAUCUGCUCGUUCAUCAGUCGGCCAAUGGCGUGAGGAAGGUACAGGUUGUGGAUGGCGCACGGGGGCGGAGCCUGUGGGAGGCGGAGUUUGUGUGUCCUCGUCUAGCGGUGGAGGAUUCGUCGGUCCUGACAGCGUCCGACCAAUCGGUGUUCCUCUUCUGGGCGGGAGAUCCGCUGGCGCAGUCACAGAACGUCUCCAAGGCGCCGGAGCCGGUCCUCCGCAAGCUCUUCCUGCUUCACCCGCGCUAUCCCACAAUCCUCCUGGAGCUCAGCAGCACCACAGACACCGUCCUCAGCGCCGCCGGUGAGCCACACCCACACACUCACACCGGCCAAUCAGAGGCCGCCUCCCGUCACGAAUACUUAAUAAACUUCUCAUGAGCCGUACUCUCACAA